AUGAACAUCUACGCUGUUGCUGUCCUUUCCGCGCUCCACGUGGGCGUGCCGGCCGCAAAUGGAGCAAGACGCAGGCUCGCAGACAGCGGUGGUCUCGUGGAAGUCGACCUGAGCAAUAUCCAGGGCUCCUCAGAACGCCUGCGUCGCCAGCUGACCCAUUACGAAGAGAUGAGCAGAGAACCGGCGCAUGACUCCGAGGAGGUGCACUCUGUGCAAGACUCCGAGGAGAUUCACGACUCCGUGCACGACUCCGAGGAGGUGCACGACUCCGAGGGAAACGACUCCGAGGAGGUUCACGCCUCUGUGCAAGACUCCGAGGAGGUGCACAUCUCCUCGCACGACUCCGUGCACGACUCUGAGGAGCCCAUCGGCCAUGCCGAUUCAGAGGAGCCACGAACGUGGCUCACGGCCCCGUCGCCACCUCUGGCGUGCGCGUCCGUCAACCCAGCCACAGGUGAUACGUGUUAUCCCCCGGGCCCGCCGCUGCCGCCGCUGCUGCCGCUCCGUGAUGGUGAAGUCCUGGCCACUACUGCGCAAGAAAUACAAGAUGAGGUCGACGCGGCCUUCUUGGAGGGCCGAAACGCGAGCGUCUACCUCCAGUCAGGCGCCCUCAUCCGCUUCACAAGGGAGGUCGUGUGCAGUAGCAGCAUCCACCUUUCGGUUCGCAGCAGCGGUUCGGGCGCAAGACUCCAGGCUGAAGGCCGCACGCGGAUGUUUCGCAUCGGAAAUGGGUGGAGUUCUGAAGCAGCAACAGGCAGCCUCUCUCUCGAGGCGGUCCACUUCUUGGUCGGCACGGCAGCAGACAACGGUGAAAAGGGCGGCGCACUUUAUGCCUACACCGGGAGUAUUGUUAUGAAGGAUGUCAGUUUCACUGACUGCUGGGCAGCCGACCAGGGCGGCGCAAUUUUUGCCCACACCAUCGGGAGCAUUGUUCUGACGGAUGUCCGCUUCACUAACUGCUUGGCAGGCUUUGGCGGCGAUGGCGGUGCGGUCUACACCGAUUCGGCCGGCGGCAUAUCGCUCAUUGGUGUCGCCUUUACUGACUGUCACGCGCGUCGCAUCGGCAGUGGCGGUGCUCUCUACGCGAUUAAUUUCGGCGAUCUCACCAUGACAGACGUCGCCUUUACUGACUGUCACGCGCAGUAUGGCGGUGGUGCUCUCGCCGCGUAUGACUUCGGCGAUCUCACCAUGACAGACGUUGCCUUCCUCGGCUGCUCCGCUGUCGUUGCUGGAGGCGCUGUCGUUGCUGGCAUCUUUACUGGCGCUGGCGCUGCUGACAUAACUACAACUGGAGUGACUGGCGUGCAACCGUUCGGUGACAUUUCGUUGAGUGGCGUCUCGUUCACGAACUGCUCCUCGGCUAAUGCAUACGGUGCCAUUGCUAUUUUUGAUGUCUCGGGCAACGUCUCGAGCAAGAAGAAAAACGGCGCGAAAAAACUUCUCCCACGUGGGCUGAAGCCGUGA